AGGAGAGGGCUGGGGCUGGAGGGGUUCGACCUUUAUCACAGGCCCUAGGGUGCCCCAGAGACACCAGGGGGACAGGAGGGAUAUGCUCCGAUUCUGCUUGGAGAUCCUGAGAAGUAGGAUUGACAAAGGGCUGGAGGCUGCUCUGUGGCCUGUGGCGGAGUUUAAGUGAAAUAGGAGUGCCCAACGAGGAGGAGAAAUUGUCACUGUCCUUUCCCUCCUCCCCCACCCGUGGUAAGAGGGGAAAGGGGAGGGGUUCUAGGCCCCGUUUCAGUGAUCAUUUCAGUGAUGGAAGAAGCCUGCCGCUUUUCCCAGAGGGUCAGCCUCCAGCCUCCUCUGUGGCCCCACCAGGAGCUGUUCUGAUCCCUGCCCAUCUUCCUCUGGGCCACCCAGUUGUGAUUUUACAUUUGGGGAGUGUCUUGGUUGCUGCCCCUUGAGGGCUGGAGAACCUUGGCACACAGAAGGCUCUGAGCAAAUGUUUGUAAGGGAAUAAAGGAUUCAAUGUUGGUCUAACUAUGGACCCUCUGCCCCAGGCGCAUCCCUGAGCAGGAGGUGGCAGGAGGGGAGAGAGCAGUAACCAAGUACAGGACGUGGCCUCUACCCAUCCUCAGGCACACCCUGUCUUCCUGGAGCAAGAAACUCUCUUCCCUUAACCCUUGGAAACAAGGUGGGGGGCUCCUGGGAAGUCUGUCUUUGCCACAGUCCUGGGCUUCUGGCCGGGUUCAUGACUCUCCCUGCUGCCCCCUUCCCCCACCCCCUUGGGUGACAAACAGAGGCAGCCUUGUUCCUGCUCCCAUAGAGCUGCCCUGUUCUCUGCACACUAAAAAUGGAAACCCCCAAGCUAUUUUGGGAGCAGUGCCCAGCCAGGCUGUGGCCACGGCUCCCACUGGGCUGCUGGACCGUCCUUUGAGCCUUUGGCCCAGCCCCGCUCACUCUGGGGCAGCCUCAGGGACAUGCCGUGGGAGGAGCUGACCUGGCCUGAGGGAAGCUCUCCCACAGGCAGACUGGCAGCUGGGUGGCAGGAGGGGCUGGGCAACGUGGCCUGGGCACAGGCAAGUAGAGGAAGUGUUUCAUGGUCAGUGGUGUAUGACCUGUCCCAGCAUUUCACCAACCUUGGUUCUCCUGUCUGGGGACCACUGCGCCUGGGAAAGAUGGUGUUGCCGUGGUUUCCUGGUCCCAGCAGGCCUUAGGACCCUCCCCCCCCCCUUCUCCACACGAGAUCCUGGCUGUGCUUUGACCUGCUGGAGAGGAAAUAGCAAGAGAUGCCUGGCUUCCAUAGCCCUUUAGGACUUAGAGCUCAAAGCAGGGAAGUGUGCAUGAGUCUGUAUGGGGGUGUCUGAAUGUGAGUGGAGGUGUGUAUCUUUGGUAUGUGGGUGUGACAUAUGCCUGUGCAAAGUGCGUGUUUGUACGCUGUGUGUGUUUCUGUGUAAGAACGUGCUCUCUGUGGAUGUGUCUUUGUGCAGGUGGCUAAGUGUGAGUGGUGUGUCUGCCUGUGUUUCUUUGUGUACAGAUUGUAUCUGCAUGUGUCUGUGUGUGUAAGCACCUGUGUGCUUGCACAUGGAUGUGUGCAAGCAUCUGGUGGUAUGUAUGCUUCUCUGUGUGUGUGAGCAUGUGUCUGCUUGUGUGCUGUGGCAGUUUGGACUAAGACAGCCCCUGGCCUCUAUGGAGGUAUGUACCUGGGUGCCUUGAUGGGGUGGAGUUUGGACAGAGGGUGGAAUGGGAGAGUGCCAAGAAGGGAGAAGGGGGUGCAGGGGGACAGGGCUGUGCUGGGUGCCCAACUGAGCCCUGCCAGUCCUUCCUAGCUGCCCUUUCCCAGGCCCUAAGGGUUCCUGGUUCCGCUGCCCUCCCCCUCCCUGUGUGGGCUCUGAGGAGGCGUCCCCUGUGGAAUGUUUGGUGGCCGAGGGCCAGGCUGGGCCCAGUUCCACCAACAGGCUGGGCAGGGGGAAGGGGGUACCUCUAUGCUGCCUCCACAUGCCCAGCUUCAUGCUCUGCUUUCUCCCUGGCUAGGUGACUCCUACACAGGUCAUGCUGUUGUCUCCUGACCCAGCCGGCCCUGCCAGGUGACCAUGCCUGCCCUCGGCCCAGCUCUUCUCCAGGCGCUCUGGGCCGGGUGGGUCCUUACCCUCCAGCCCCCUCCACCGGCUGCUUUCACUCCCAAUGGCACACAUUUGCAGCACCUGGCACGGGAUCCCACCUCUGGCACCAUCUACCUGGGGGCCACUAACUUCCUGUUCCAGCUAAGCCCGGGGCUACAACUGGAGGCCACUGUGCCCACUGGCCCUGUGCUAGAUAGCAGGGACUGCCUGCCGCCUGUGGUGCCCGAUGAGUGCCCUCAGGCCCAGCCCACCAACAACCUGAACCAGCUGCUCCUGGUGAGCCCAGAGGCCCUGGUGGUGUGCGGGAGUGUGCACCAGGGCAUCUGUGAGCAGCGGGGCUUGGGGCAGCUCGAGCAGCUGCUGCUGCGGCCAGAGCGGCCCGGGGACACCCAGUAUGUGGCUGCCAAUGACCCUGAGGUCAGCACAGUGGGACUGGUGGCCCAGGGCUUAGCUGGGGAGCCCCUCCUGUUCGUGGGGCGGGGAUACACCAGCAAGGGGGUGGGGGGUGGCAUCCCUCCCAUCACCACCCGGGCCUUGCGGCCACCGGACCCCCAGGCUGCCUUCUCCUAUGAGGAGACGGCCAAGCUGGCCGUGGGCCGCCUCUCGGAAUACAGCCACCACUUCGUGAGCGCCUUCGCGCGUGGGGCCAACGCCUACUUCCUGUUCCUGCGGCGGGACCUGCAGGCGCAGUCUCGAGCCUUUCGCGCCUACGUGUCCCGUGUGUGCCUCCGGGACCAGCACUAUUACUCCUACGUGGAGCUGCCCCUGGCCUGCCAGGGUGGCCGCUAUGGGCUGAUCCAGGCGGCAGCCGUGGCCACGUCCAGGGAGGUGGCCCGGGGGGAGGUGCUCUUUGCAGCCUUCUCCUCGGCCGCUCCCCCCGCUGUGGGCCGGCCCCCGUCGGCGGCCGCGGGGGCAGCCGGGGCCUCCGCCCUCUGCGCCUUCCCUCUGGACGAGGUGGACCGCCUUGCCAAUGUCACCCGCGAUGCCUGCUACACCCGGGAGGGCCGCACCGAGGACGGGGCCGAGGUGGCCUACAUUGAGUAUGACGUCAAUUCCGACUGCGCACAGCUGCCUGUGGACACCCUGGAUGCUUAUCCCUGUGGCUCAGACCACACACCCAGCCCUAUGGCCAGCCGUGUCCCCCUGGAAGCCACGCCAAUUCUAGAGUGGCCAGGGGUUCAGCUAACAGCUGUGGCAGUCACCAUGGAGGAUGGACACACUAUUGCUUUCCUGGGUGACAGUCAAGGGCAGCUGCACAGGGUGUACUUGGGCCCAGGAUGUGAUGGCCACCCAUACUCCACACAGAGCAUCCAGCAGGGGUCUGCGGUGAGCAGAGACCUCACCUUUGAUGGGGCCUUCGAGCACCUGUAUGUCAUGACCCAGAGCACACUUCUCAAGGUUCCUGUGGCCUCCUGUGCUCAGCACCUGGACUGUGCAUCUUGUCUUGCUCACAGGGACCCAUACUGUGGGUGGUGUGUGCUUCUUGGCAGGUGCAGUCGCCGUUCUGAGUGCUCGAGGGGCCAGGGCCCAGAGCAAUGGCUGUGGAGCUUCCAGCCUGAGCUGGGCUGUCUGCACGUGGCAGCCAUGAGUCCUGCCAACAUCAGCCGAGAGGAGAGGAGGGAGGUUUUCCUGUCAGUGCCUGACCUACCUCCACUAUGGCCUGGGGAGUCAUAUUCCUGCCACUUUGGGCAAUACCAGAGUCCUGCCCUGCUGACCAGCUCUGGUGUGAUGUGCCCCUCCCCAGACCCGAGUGAAACCCCAGCACUGCCGAGAGGAGCCGACCACAUUUCUGUGAGUGUGGAGCUCAGAUUUGGCUCUGUCGUGAUUGCCAAAGCCCCCCUCUCCUUCUAUGACUGUGUGGCUGUCACUGACCUCCACCCGUCUGCACAGUGCCAGGCCUGUGUGAGCAGCCGCUGGGGGUGUAACUGGUGCGUCUGGCAGCACCUGUGCACGCACAAGGCCUCGUGUGACUCCGGGCCAGUGGUGUUCAGCCAACAGAGCCCGCUUCUCUCCCCAGCCUCUCCUGCCAAAGAUGCACCCACCCCCUUCCCACCUGCAGCCCCCAAGGCCACGGCCACCCCUGCUCCUGACACCCUUCCCGUGGACCCUGGGGCUCCCUCCUCAGCCACAGCCUCAGAUGUCCUACGUGGGGCCAGGCCAUCCCUGCUCAGCCCCUCAGGGCCAUGGGGAGGUCCCAGCCCCACACCUGCCUCAGCCUCCACAGAGUCACCCCUCCACGAGGAACCCCUCCCUCCCAGCCCCCUGGACAGACCUGGAACCACUGUCCCUGCUCUCACUGACUUCCAGCCCACGGCUACACCCGAGGAACUCUUGGCCCCCCACCCAUCAUCCUCAGAUGCAGUGGCACUGCCCCCUGCCCCUGCAGACCCUGGCCCUGAGGCCCUCCCCUCCGAGGCACCCCUGGACCAGCCCCCCAGCACUGCUCCCGCCACCACUUUCCCAGGGGCCACUGGCUCCACGAAGCCCGCUCUGGACUGGCUCAUGAGAGAAGGCGGCGAGCUGCCCGAGGCUGACGAGUGGACGGGGGGUGACACGCCCGCCUUCUCCACUUCCACCCUCCUCUCAGGUGAUGGAGACUCGGCCGAGCACGAGGGCCCCCCCGCCCCCCUCACUCUCCUGUCCAGCCUUGACUACCAGUACGACACACCCGGGCUCUGGGAGCUGGAAGAGGUGAAGUGGGGGGCAAACUCCUGCCCCUGUGUGGAGAGUGUUCAGGGCUCCACACUGAUGCCAGUCCACGUGGAGCGGAAAGUACAGCUGCUGGGCAGGAACCUGCGCCUCUUCCAGGACAGCCCGGGAGACAAUGAGUGUGUGAUGGAGCUAGAGGGCCGCGAGGUGGUGGUUGCGGCCCAGAUCGAGUGUGAGCUGCCUCCAGAUACCCGGUGCCACAUCACGUGCCAGCAGCACCAGCUCAGCUAUGAGGCUCUGCAGCCCGAGCUCCGUGUGGGGCUGUUUCUGCGCCGGGCCGGCCAUCUGCGUGUAGACAGUGCAGACGGGCUGCACGUGAUACUGUAUGACUGUUCUGUGGGACACGGGGACUGCAGCCACUGCCAAACUGCCAUGCCCCAGUAUGGCUGUGUGUGGUGCAAGGGGGAACGUCCACAGUGCGUGGCUCGGGAGACCUGUGGUGAGGCUGAGGCUGUGGCCACCCAGUGCCCUGCGCCGCUCAUCCACUCGGUGGAGCCACUGACUGGGCCUGUAGACGGAGGCACCCGUGUCACCAUCAGGGGCUCCAACCUGGGCCAACAUGUGCAGGACGUGCAGGACACGGUCAGGGUGGCUGGAGUGCCCUGUGUGGUAGACGCUCAAGAAUACGAGGUCUCCAGCAGUCUCGUGUGCAUCACUGAGGCCAGCGGGGAGGAGGUGGCAGGCACUGUGACAGUGGAGGUGCCAGGAAGAGGACAUGGCGUCUCAGAGCACGACUUUGCCUAUCAGGACCCAAAGGUGUAUUCCAUCUUCCCCUCACGAGGCCCCAGAGCCGGGGGCACCCGCCUAACCCUGAACGGCUCCAAGCUCCUGACUGGGCGGCUGGAGGACAUCCGAGUGGUAGUUGGAGACCAGCCUUGUCACCUGCUGCAGGGCCAGCAGGCGGAGCAGCUGCGAUGUGAGACCAGCCCACACCCCACACCUGCCGUACUCCCCGUGGCUGUGCUGUUCGGGGCCGCUGAGCGGAAGCUUCAACACAGCCAGUUUGAGUACACGUCAGACCCCAACGUCACCUCUGCAGGCCCCACCAAGAGCUUCCUCAGUGGAGGGCGUGAGAUACAGGUCCAUGGCCAGAAUUUGGAUGUGGUACAGACACCAAGAAUCCGGGUGACUGUCUCGCCAAGAGCACUGCAGCCGGCCCAGGGGCUCGGGCGGAGGCGCCGCGUGGUCCCCGAGACAGUGUGCUCCCCUGGAGCCUCCUGCGGCAGCCAUCAAUUUGAGGAGCCCUGCCGCGUGAACUCGUCCCGGCUCAUCACGUGCCGCACGCCUGCCCUCCCGGGCCUGCCCGAGGACCGCUGGGUCCAGGUGGAAUUUAUCCUCGACAACCUGGUCUUUGACUUCGCCACGCUGAGCCCUACCCCCUUCUCCUAUGAGGCUGACCCCACUCUGCAACCCCUCAACCCUGAGGACCCCACCACGCCGUUCCGGCACAAGCCCGGGAGCGUGCUCUCUGUGGAGGGUGAGAAUCUGGACCUUGCAAUGUCCAAGGAGGAGGUGGUGGCCAUGAUAGGAGUCGGGCCCUGUGUGGUGAAGACGCUGACCCGGCACCACCUGUACUGCGAGCCCCCUGUGGAGCAGCCCUUGCCCCUCCAGGAGGCACCUGAUGCUCUGCCUGAGUUCAUGGUGCAGAUGGGGAACCUGCGCUUCUCUCUGGGCCAUGUGCAAUAUGAUGGCGAGAGCCCCGUGGCUUUUCCCAUGGCAGCCCAGGUGGGCUUGGGAGUGGGCACCUCUCUUCUGGCUCUGGCAGUCAUCAUCAUUGUCCUCAUGUACAGGAGGAAGAGCAAGCAGGCCUUGAGGGACUACAAGAAGGUCCAGAUCCAGCUGGAGAACCUGGAGAGCAGUGUGCGGGACCGCUGCAAGAAGGAGUUCACUGACCUUAUGACCGAGAUGACGGAUCUCACCAGUGACCUUCUGGGGAGCGGCAUUCCCUUCCUUGACUAUAAGGUGUAUGCUGAGCGGAUCUUCUUCCCUGGGCACCAGGAGUCACCCUUGCACCGGGACUUGGGUGUGCCUGAGAGCAGGCGACCUACUGUGGAGCAGGGGCUGGGGCAGCUCUCCAACCUGCUCAACAGCAAGCUCUUCCUCACCAAGNUCAUCCACACCCUGGAGAGCCAGCGCACCUUCUCAGCUCGGGACCGUGCCUAUGUGGCGUCUCUGCUCACCGUGGCGCUGCAUGGGAAGCUGGAGUACUUCACGGACAUCCUCCGCACCCUGCUCAGUGACCUGGUGGUCCAGUAUGUGGCCAAGAACCCCAAGCUGAUGCUGCGCAGGACAGAGACCGUGGUAGAGAAGCUGCUCACCAACUGGAUGUCUAUCUGCCUCUAUACUUUCGUCAGGGACGCAGUAGGGGAACCUCUGUACAUGCUCUUCCGUGGAAUUAAGCAUCAAGUAGAUAAGGGACCAGUGGACAGCGUGACUGGCAAAGCCAAAUACACCCUGAAUGACAACCGCCUUCUCAGAGAGGACGUGGAGUACCGUCCCCUGACCCUGAAUGCGCUGUUGGCUGUGGGGCCCGGGGCAGGAGACGCCCAGGGCGUGCUCGUGAAGGUCCUGGACUGUGACACCAUCUCCCAAGCCAAGGAGAAGAUGCUGGACCAGCUUUACAAAGGAGUGCCUAUUGCCCAGCGCCCAGACCCCCGCACCUUGGAUGUUGAGUGGCGGUCUGGCGUGGCUGGGCAUCUCAUUCUUUCUGACGAAGAUGUGACUUCUGAGGUCCAGGGUCUGUGGAGGCGCCUGAAUACGCUGCAGCAUUACAAGGUCCCAGAUGGAGCAACUGUGGCCCUGGUCCCCUGCCUCACCAAGCACGUUCUUCGGGAAAACCAGGAUUAUGUGCCUGGAGAGAGGACGCCAAUGCUGGAGGAUGUGGAUGAGGGGGGCAUCCGGCCCUGGCACCUGGUGAAGCCAAGCGAGGAGCCAGAGCCUCCCAGGCCGAGGAGGGGCAGCCUUCGGGGCGGGGAGCGUGAGCGAGCCAAGGCCAUUCCUGAGAUCUACCUGACCCGCCUGCUGUCCAUGAAGGGCACCCUGCAGAAGUUUGUGGACGACCUGUUCCAGGUGAUUCUCAGCACCAGUCACCCCGUGCCCCUCGCUGUGAAGUACUUCUUUGACCUGCUGGAUGAGCAGGCCCAGCAGCAUGGCAUCUCUGACCAGGACACCGUCCAUAUCUGGAAGACCAACAGCUUGCCGCUGAGGUUCUGGAUCAACAUAAUAAAAAACCCGCAGUUUGUGUUCGACGUGCAGACGUCUGAUAACAUGGACGCGGUGCUGCUGGUCAUCGCGCAGACCUUCAUGGACGCCUGCACCCUGGCGGACCACAAGCUGGGCCGGGACUCCCCCAUCAACAAACUUCUGUAUGCUCGGGACAUCCCCCGUUAUAAACAGAUGGUGGAAAGGUACUACGCAGACAUCAGACAGACCAUCCCCGCCAGUGAUCAAGAGAUGAACUCCAUCCUGGCUGAGCUGUCCCGGAACUACUCUGGAGACCUAGGGGCACGAGUGGCCUUACAUGAACUCUACAAGUAUAUCAACAAAUACUAUGACCAGAUCAUCACGGCUCUGGAGGAAGAUGGCACCGCCCAGAAGAUGCAGCUGGGCUACCGGCUGCAACAGAUCGCAGCGGCCGUGGAAAACAAGGUCACCGACCUGUAGGCCCGCGAGCCCUGCGUCGCCUCGGCGCCACCUGGCAGCCCUGGGGCCUCGGGGAGACCGCCUUCGUAGAUGCCUGUAGUGCCUGACCAGCAGAGUUAGUGAAGGUGGCCCUGUCUCCUGGUGGCUCUGGCUGGGCCCUGCUGGACUCGCCUCGCAGGCCUGCGGCUGUGAGGCUGAUGGGGUGGCUCCCGCCUGCUCCCCGAGCCCAGUGACCCUGUGGGCUGCUUUCUGUGAUGUCAGUCUGCAGGGAGUCGGUACGAAGGGCUUCCAGAAAGUGGCUGGAAGGGCCUCCAGCUGCGGGGGAGGCUGCACUGUUUCUGAACACCGGCCUUUAUCUCUCGGGACUCCAAGAGGAAGGAGAAGGGCCCCAGCUGUCCUGUCCUCCCCUCCACCCGCCCCGACCUCAGUUUAGCCGCCUCCGGCCUUUGCUGCUGCCACGAUCCUAGGUCCGAGAGACGAACACCUUUUCUAGGUCACUGUGAACUGACCCCUCAGAAGGGUUGACUGCCUUAGGGCCUCCCUGGCUCCGAGGCAGCCAGUGGUGAUGGGCAUCUGCUGCAGGGGGGCCGUGGGGAGAGUGGUGGCCACACUGACCAGCUCUUCAUUAAAAGAUAACACACUG